GUAACACGGUAGUUUACAUUAUGUCGGAAAUAGCAUAUCGAUAACUAGACUUUUAAAUUUGUAUAAUGUGAUUAUUGUGUAGUAUAUUUUUUAAAAUUAUAUCUUUUGGUUUUAAUUGAAUCAUAAUCAAAACAUGACUGAAGUGUUCACAAAUGUGUCUGUGCUGGCCGAUUCAACAUUUCGGACCCGUCCCAAUUUCGAGCUUUAUUUGCGGAGUGAUGCAAAUGCUGGAGGUAACACUGUUCAACAGAUUCAAACUCAUCGCCGUAACCGGCAGAUGAAGUUUCCAACGCUAACUGGUAAGGCAGAUGUUGAUUCUUUUCAAACAAGCAAACGGGACAUUGCCUUUAAACGAUGGAAUGACGAUGGUGAUUUUCGUCCACCAGCACCCUACCGUGAUUAUGACAAUAUUGUGGACCCUGUGUCAGGGUUCGUAAGCGCUGGUGGUGACGUGGACAGGAACACUGGACACAAAAAGAUCAAUUCUUUGGUACAGUUGAAUGACGUACCUCAAGCAGAACCGCCACAAAAGAAAAAUUCUGAUAGACUGGCUGAUGAGAAGGCACCAACUCCAUUAAGAAGGUCAAACACAUAUGCACCAGGUGCUCCUUCAAUGUGGAAUAGCAGAAAAAUAUCAGACGAAUGGAUAAAAUCGCAACUCGGAGGAUGGACAAGUGAUUAUGACCCACGGAAACCUUCAGAAGAUUCGACUAGGUGGCGAUCAAAAAAUGGUCGUCGUGCAAAGGAAUCCGAGUCGGCAUUUGUUGCAAAACCUCCAUCAGAACAAAGUAAAGAGGGGCGUGAUCAUUUAGCACUAAAGUAUAUGUACAGUGGUUCGACACAAAAAUCAUACGAGGAAGUUCCUUGGGAUAACAUGCUUCCCCCAAAACAAUGGGAUCCUGUUUCUACGUUAGAAGAUAGACCAGACAUGAUCUCCCAAAGAUGGACUUUGAAACGAUACGACCCCGCAGCUCAAGAAUGGCAGGGGACUGGUCGAUCUUGGGACUGGUUCCAGAGAAGAAACGGAUAUUACAAGACUCAGCCUAUUGUCUUUUGUAGUGAACAUCCUCGCACACAACAAAUACCAAACUACAGCGGAUGUAUAGGUGCUACAAAUUUAGAUGAAAUAGAUCAUGCUCAGGAACCAUUCCAACCACUUACUAUCAAACGUGUUAACAUUCCUAGAUACAGCGAGACUGCCCAUCGUCCAAACAUUCCUGGUUACCAGGGUAGUACAUUAUGGCAGAGUGUGUACUCGCCAGCUCAUUCAAUGAGAGAAAAACCUGCUCAAUCUGCUACAACUGCUACAGUCCAUAGAUCUUUACCUAUUUCCCCAAACACUUCCGAUUUCAAGAAAGAAUCUAAGAUGUCCAAGAUGGUGACAACAGUACCGCCAUGUAACCCAUAUAACAAGCUCAAUAAGUUGGAAGAAGUUUUACAAAAUUCUGUUCAAUAAGAAGUAUUAAGACUUUUUAAACAUUUACAAAAUUAUGAUUUUUUUAAUACAUUUUUUUUGGAUUUUGAUAAAAUCAUACAAAUUAUUAUUUUUUCAGCAUUUGUUCAUUGUAUUUUGUUGUUGAAUAUCUUGACGUGUGUUAUUUUCAAAUAAUUUUUUGUAGUUCUUUUUUUCUGCAUUGAAAAUGAAUUGGAUACCAAUUUUAUCUGUGGUAAAAUAUUCUAUUUAUAAUAUUAUUAGAAACUAUGAUGUCAAAUAGCUUGAGAUUAUGAAAUCACAAUGCAGUCUUGUUCAAGAAAUGAAAAUAAGCUUUAUAUUGUAAGAUUGAUGUAUUUAAAAUGUUUACAUUGAUAAAAUGUCAAGUAUUAUUUCACUGUAUUAUAGUCAGCAUCGAAGAAAUCAAAUAGUUUUAGCAUUUUAUUAUCUCAUGCAGCAUAAGUUAAGGUAUUGAAUAAAGUGCAAUUUACACAGGCACUUGUCUCUGUAAAAAAAAUCAUGUAUACCUCAAUAUAACACAAAGAGGUUUUUUCUUAGUGCCUUUCUGAGUUCAUUACAAAUGUCCCUAACAUCGAUAUAGGCAUAACAUUAAAAUAGGUAAAAACAGGAUAUCAUGCAAAAGUUAGGUCUUAUUAGCUAUUUGAUUAAUGGAUUGGAAUAACAGGACUACGACAUAUAAAACUGUAAGAAGCUUUGAAUAAUGAUUAAUCAAUAAUUAAAAGAACACAUUAUGAAAUAAUAUUAAAUGUAAUACCUUAAGCAUAUUUGGAAGCAUUCCCUUCAUCAUUUCUUGCAGGUAUUUAGAACUACUGGAUUAGCUGCCUUUUACAAUGUCUCUUGAACACUUAGUUUUAUAAUACUCUAUGAUAUUUGUAUAUUUACUCUAUUUUCAUAAUGAUUAAAGCACAGUUUAAUUGUAUUUUUGAGCACAUUGUUUGUUAAUGUUAUUGUGGUGCUUAGUGCGUUUGUUCUGUUUGUAUACUAGUACAUGUAAUUAUUAUUGUUUAAAUUGGAUGAAAUAUAUGUAAAACAAUCAUUGCUUUAUUUCCUGUUCCUUUUUACUAUAAAUGUAAAUGAUAUUGUUACAGCUGAUAUAGGUUGUGUGCAAGUUACGAUCAGUUAUCAACAUUUGUUCAAACCUCUUAACAUAAUUAUUGAAUAAAACAAUCACAAUGUC